AUGGGGAUGCUCCUAGAGUGGAAGUCUAAGCUCUCCAUUUGGUCUUUGCUGGAAGGAGUGAAGGUGGAACCAGUUUUUCUGUGGAAUCAUCAAGUAGAAGAACCUCAGCUCUCUGAUUGGUUUAAUCCUAAGAAACGUCCUGAUGUUAUAACAACAACUGCCUGGCUUGCUCCAGUCAUAUGGGAAGGAACUUAUAAUAGAAAGUUCCUGGAAAAAUAUUACAAAAGGCUGAACAUUACCAUUGGCUUGGCUGUAUUUGCUACUGGAAGGUUUGCAGAUAUAUACCUGAAACAAUUCAUACAAUCUGCUAAUAAGUAUUUCAUGACUGGAUACAAUGUCAUCUUUUACAUAUUUAUGGAUGACUUCUCCAGGCUACCUCACAUAGAGUUAGGUCCUCUUCGAACAUUUAAACUAUUUUCAGUAUUCAACAAAAGUGUUCUGGAAGACUUUAAUCACAGCUGCAUGGAAGAUUUAUAUACUUACAUCUUAACUCACAUCAAUGAUGAAGUCAACUUUCUUUUCAUUAUGGCUGUAAACCAGAUCUUCAUGACUGACUUUGGAGUAGAAACCCUGGGCAAGUCAGUAGCUCAACUCCAUGCAUGGUGGUAUUUUAAAAAUGACAAAAAUUUCCCUUAUGAGAGAAGAUCUAAGUUAGCAGCCUUCAUCCCCUUUGGACAGGGAGAUUUCUAUUACCAUAGUGCAAUUUUUGGUGGUACAUCUCAAGAGGUUUUAAAGGUCAUUGAAGAAUAUCAAAAAGGAAGUAUUCAAGACAACAAAAAUAAACUUAAGAGCAUAUAUGAACACCAUUUAAAUAAAUAUUUUUUUCUGAAAAAACCCACUAAGCUGUUAUCACCAGAAUACAAUUGGGAUCCAAGCUUUAGCACCCCUCCACAAAUUAAACAUGUUAAGAUAGCAUGGCAAUCAGAAAAGGUUAGAUUAUUACACCCUUAG